CUUCCAACCAGAGCACAGCAAUCCCACGUACACACUAUACACGAAUCUUGUCUCCGUUAAAACGGACUAGGAGGAGGGACUACGAGCACUACGUGCUUGAAGAACCGUUCAAAAUUGACCACAGGAAUAUUGGGCACCUGGAAAUCAACACAUAUAGUCGUCCGAGGAGCAGUUGUCGCCUUUAAAAAAAAAAAUCGGUUUAAAUUUAUCGUGAUGUCCGCUUCGCAGUUUUUUUGUUGUUGUCUGUUACAGUGUUGAUAAAUAUUGCCACAUCGCUAGCCAGCAAGCCAAUAUCGAGCAAACCGGAGUCAACCACCAACACCGCGAGUUUAAUGAAGACGUUUUGCACGGGCUGUAGCCUGUCCGGUGUAGAUAAGACAGCUGUCUAACGUUACUGUCGCUAGUUAUCUGAAUUGCAUAGUUUUUUUGUUUGUUUCAUUGGCCUGCUAGUUCUCCCAUUGGUAUUGGUGAAGGAGAGACGAGCAGAUAUUGAGGACGGUAUUGAUUGGAUAUCCAUGAGCUCCGAUUUCCAGCACUACAGUUUCAGGAUGCCUAAUAUUGGGUUCCAGAACCUUCCCCUCAACAUCUACAUUGUGGUGUUUGGGACCGCCAUCUUUGUCUUCAUCCUCAGCCUUCUCUUCUGCUGCUACUUGAUAAGGUUAAGGCACCAGGCGCACAAGGAGCUGUAUGCAUACAAACAAGUUAUACAGAAGGAAAAGGUCAAAGAGCUAAAUUUGCAUGAGAUAUGUGCGGUGUGCUUGGAGGAGUUCAAACAGAAAGACGAGCUGGGGAUUUGCCCGUGCAAACACGCCUUUCACAGGAAGUGCCUCAUUAAGUGGCUGGAGGUGAGGAAGGUGUGCCCGCUGUGCAACAUGCCUGUUCUGCAGCUCGCCCAACAGGCGGGCGUCACCAUCGACGUCACCGUGCCCAUACAGCAGCACCUGCCAGGCGUGGAAAAUCUGGUGUAGCGCAAUCCGCAGUGCUCACACACACACACACACACACACACACACACACGACUACACACACAUGUACAGGUACACUUAUGCCUCGAUCACACCAACAGCAUCAUUGUAUUUUUGGUACACCAGAAGUACAUUAAUUUCCAAUGGAACGCUGUGUUUACCUUGCAUAUGUUCGAUGCUGCAUCAAAUUGUAUGCGUAGGCGCCUUGACAGAAAUGGUAGCAGAAGGGGAAUGCUGAAAUUUGUUGCACACAUAUCCAGAUGAUGCUGUGCACCAUUUUGCGCAAUGACUCUGUAGGUGCGAUCGAGGUGUUAUAUAUGAUUAAAAGACAGGACAGACAAUGGAGGAACACAACAGUGUUACGAUGCGGACAGGGACUCACGGCGACGAAGAAGUGAAUCUGCUCUCCUCCUCAUCUCUCUGCCUCUGCCUGGUGGAUUCACAUAAUGAUUUUUUUAUAUAUAUAUAAUUACGGUUCUUUUUAUUGACAAUUACAUUUUUCUCUUGUGGACACAGCCGUGGUCACUAUUCUGACCGUUUCACAACCAAAGCACUUUUCUGGGAACACCAGCGCGUGACGAAUAAGAGACAUAAAAACCAACAACUACCACACGUUGAUGUGAAAAUGGCUUCAUCGUUUCGUUUUCUUUUUAACGACUAAACUUGUAUUUUUAUUUUUUUUCUACAAGCACUUUAAAUAUUUUACUCAAACUUAAAUUGCUUGUGAAGAGGUUGUAGUAGCAACAAGGUUAUUUUAUUAUUACGAUUAACUUUUUUUGUGUGUACAUACAGAGCCACAUGAGUUAAUUUUAUAGUUGAGUGAAGAUUUUUUUGGGGGGGGGGGGGGGGCAAUACUAUCUUAAAGGGACAGUAGCCUCCAAAUGAUUUGACUCAAAGGAACCGCAGAAUUCUGUGGCCUGAUCCUCCCUCUCAUUCACACAUGCAAAAAAAGAUAUCGGAGGUGUGUUUAUGAAGGGAGGGUCACCCCAACCUCAGUACUUGGUGUUUAAACAACUUAAUGUGAAUUAAGAGAGCAAUGGGUUCGAAUGUGAGGUUGUGACUAGGAUGUGAUUCACCGGUGCAUCCGACUCUGCGUCCUCUCUUGCAUAUGAAGGUUGUACAGUUUCUUACUCACUGCACACCUCAGUGUCUGCGUUCCCAAAUGGUACCCUAUUCUCUAAAAAGUGCACUAUUUGGGACACAGACUUUUUUUUUACCACAAGGCUUUUCUGUGGCCACUUUCACGGUCUGCAUCUGUCAUUACAGAAAAAAAAAGUUACUAUUCUGUUUGAACUAAUUGUUAAAACGCAACAAUGCAGAGGUCGUAUUUUCAUUGAAAGAUUUUUUUCACUAAGAGGUUUUUAUAAGGGUCGACUCAAAUUAAAAUAGUAGAAUUACCCAGAUACACACUCCCAACUGUGGAGGGGUCCUGGCCUCAGUCACUUCCUGUGGACGAGCGACCAGGGAAGUAAGAGUAACCCAACACCCCGAGCCCAUGGCACCCCUAGAGCUAACAUCCAAUCAUAUGCCUCUGUUCUUGUUACAUAAGAACCCCCCCCCCCCAGCCCGCAGCGCUCCCAAAGCAUUACUCAUUCAGCUUGUGGCAAUGGAGCGCUAUGAAAACACAUAGUUGGAAGACUCCUCUGUUGGUUUUCUAUGUUUAAAAAUACAUCCCUCUCUUGCUGUCCUCUGGUUUGAGUUUGAAUGAGGUUUAGCCUGAUGUAAGUCUAAAAUAACUAUCCCAAUCUACACACUAAAUAGUGAACAAGAGUACUUCAUAUAAUGACGAGAUGAAUUAUAUUCCAUAUGGUCUCCGACGUGAUCAUGUCUAGAAUCAUAUAUUCUAUAGGCUAAUCUUUAUGAAACCUGGAACAAAUACUGGUCCACUGAGGCAGGGGGUUCUUAAACUUUUCCAGUUUGAGCCCCAAAUUAGAAAUUGAUCAUCCUCCCCUGACCCAAAUGGUCCUCCAACAACUCAAAUGAAGAAGAAAUAGGGCGUGAUUAUAUUCUCACAUGCCCAGAGCCCACUUUGGGUCCCGACCCAUAGUUUAAGAAACCCUGCACUAAGGCAUUGUUGCAUUUUGACUGCUAUACAUAAACGUAUAAAACCAGACAAGUUUGCUCAGUUCAUUGCAUUUCCAACGUUUAACACAGAAUGAUGGUAGUGAAUGCUACAGGGCUUCACAGCACUGCCUUGGAACGUGAAAGGCUUGGUGAAAUGUAUCAAGCUGUGACACUAUGCAAACUAAGCAACAAACCUGAUCUCUUGUUUGCGAGCCCUUACUGAUUUCGUAACAGGAGCACCCAAGGAUUCACUUCAUUCUCAAUUCAGUCAACGAUUCAAAGCUGCUUCUGUGAUUUAGUAAUUACUACACGCUAUUUAGCUUUAGCUUAGCAUUGAUCUAAUUAAGCUAUGAGGGAUGUAGGCUAAGCAUCUAGUUCAAAUUCUGGCAGCACUCAGCAUAUCGGUCAACACACAUAAGUACGUUCCCAGUAGAUGUCAUUGAGCUGGUAUAGGCCCUGGUCAGCAGUCGUAGAGAAUAGCAUUGUUUUAGCAGGCUCAUUCUAGCGCUUUCCCCAAUCGCUCUCUCCACACUGGUGUUUUGUUCACCUCUACACACACACACACACACACACACGCACACCAACCCCUCUACCCUUGUGCUUUGUUCCACCACCUUUUGUGGGAUCACUGUAGUAAAAGUGCUGUGUGAUAGUUUGGAACAGAGGGGGAUAGUGUCCCAUAGGUCAGGGGUCAGCUUGUGUCAAAGGUCACAGACUAGAUCUAGGUGAUGGGUCAUAAUAAUGCCGUUCAAUACAACUUUAUUUAUAAGACAGCCUGGUCUGUCCAAACAGGUUCGAUUUGGUUCUUCUCUCCUUAAGUGUUUAACUUUUCAGGAACCUGGCUUUUUCAGUGCUGAGCAUCAGGCCCAGCUCCAGAACCACUGUGCUUGUGUCUCCUACAAAUGGAAUGGUAUCCUUAGAAUUCUAGUCAUUCUAUGAACUGUCUUCCAUUUUUGAAGUGUUAAGACCACCGAGUCAUCAACCACCCAACGAAAUUGACUGUGUCCAUUGGCUUCACUUUCGAACAACAACCGAGAGGAAUGUUAGCCUACUGUAGCUAGCUGGUGAAAUGAAUAGUAGAACAUUUGUUGCCAAUAUCAGAAACAAUGUCUCCCCCGCCCCACCCAAUAAUAUCUAUUGUAUUUGAGGAGGAUGACAAUUUCGAUUAUGAUAUUUUUUUUUACUUGUGCUUUUACUUACGAUGUGUGUUUAUUUUGGCCAUUUGUUUGAAGAGACACUAGUCUGGCUGAAUGUGGAAUGAGAAAAACCAUAACCUUUUUAUUGAAGGAGCCCGCCCGUUGCUAGCAUGUGCGGGCCGCUUCGGUACCCGUUUGACUCGUCUUGGUUCUGCUGUGUGGCUACACACACAAAUUUGUACGAAGAGACUUCAACUCGGAUAUCCAUCUCAAAACUCCCACGUUUGACUGGUCCAAAGUUAUCUUUUGACAACAAGCCCCACCACUUUCUUAUUCCCUUAAGACUCCUAUAUUGUAACCCGUAGCCAACAGGAAACACAGCCAGUCUUGAAGCUUCAUCCUCCACUACGUGUGGUUGUCUCCGAGUUGACGGUUUAGAGGGCGAUAUGACAUAGGACUGGGAGACACCGAUCAUGUGAAAGCAUGCGACGAAAUGGCACCUGCAACCAAUUUUACCAUUGUAAUUGUACAUAGAGUAGUAGCAGUGUUGGUAGGAAGGCAUACUGCAUAAACACUUUUUACUGUGAGGGAUUGUGCACCGAUAAUUCUUCCAUUGAAAACACUGCAUCUGCGCACUUAUAACUGCCAUUUGCCCAUCCGAGAAUUGUAACAAUGCCAGCCAUUUUGUAAUGUUUUCUUUCAAAUGAGAGUUGAAGGUCAGAAGAGAAACCUAUAUCUAUUAUACCCCAUCAUUUCUUCCUGUGUAACUCCCUAAUCCUUCCCCCACGCUUCUCGGGCCAGACAACAUGGUUCUUGGUUCUCUCCGAGUCCUGGAAAGUAGCCACGGUCAAGUGCCAGAACAGCAGGCAGUUAUAGGCCCUUACGCAAGAGGAAGGAAUAAUGUGCAUAUUCAUAGUGAAUCACCUGUCGUCUACUAGUUAUUACUGCACAAGGUACAUCUAUUUGAAAAACAUUGGGAGUUUGGACGGUUGAUGAAUUUAGUGAUGAGUCACCCUACUGUAAUCUCCAUGGACGUCAGCACUGUUCCAGAGAACGCCAGGCCAUUGGGCUGUAAUAUUAAACGGACUAUGAUGUACUUGCUUCAAUAUCAUGAAUUACUGAGAGGAGAGUGAGGCUCUUUGUCACCACAGCAACCAAAUUACGUAAUAACGGGCCCCUUAUCGUGUGUCCUUUCUAUAAGGUGCUUUUAUCUCAGAAAGUAUAACCAGAGACCGAAGAGGAAGUGGGACAUCCUGCUCCCUCAUUUCUUUCUGUUUCAAUGGAAGCCAAAUGAUCUAAGUAGACCAGACGAAGCUGCUAUCGCCUUGGUGUCUUCAGUAAAGCCAUCCCCUUAAGUAGACAUUCUAAUCAAUGGUAAUCGGCCUGAGUCAACCAUCUUUUGUAUACCUAGCUGUUGGCAGCCAUUUUGUGGGCCAGGCCUCAAGGUCAAAGCUGUGUAAUUGGCCACUUGGGCCUCUAACACGUCACUGCCUCACUGAAAACUCUCAAUGUUGUGUAUGGUGUGCAUUUAUUCAGUGUAUAGUUCUUGUAGUGCACCCCCCUUCUCUCCCUUUAAGUACAUCCCCUGUCUCGCCCCUACCCCACUUUAUCCCAACCUCCCACUAUGUCCAAUAGCCACCACCACCUUCUCUCAAUGGGUCAACCUACCCCACCAUCUUACCCCGACCUCCCACUUUAUCCACCAGCCCACACUUUCUUCCCUUGAUGGGUGAACCCUACCCCAUCCUCAUUGGGGGGGGGUCUACCCAUCCUACCCUGUGAUAUAACAUUGUUUAUAAAAUUAAGAAUUCUGCAGCAGAAUAUUUUUGAAGAAAUUUGCUGUACAGUAUUUGUAAGCUCUAUUUUUGUAUAUUUAAUUGCCAUUUUGGAAAGACAAAGUAAUGAAUGCAUUUCUUUUGCUAAUUCUGUUUUAUUCAUAAUGUUUUUUUGCAUGUGACUGACUUGAACUGUAAAUAAAAUUACCACGUUUUGGAAAUAAUGA